GCGACAGCUAGCUGCUGAAAGCUAGCAUCUCUGUGUUAUCUCCAGCAGUGAAAUGACUCCUGAGACUUAGCUGGAGGAUAGGUGAGGCAGAGUGGAGUGGGCAGGGCUUUUCCAGUCUUCCUCUUAAGUGAAAGCUUUGGGGCAGCCACACAGUAGCAGGACACAUCAGCCUAUCAGUUGUUGACCUGUGGACGAUUGUUAAUGGGCUCACAAUGACCAGCGUCUGGGAUUGUCAGGGUUCCUCGCUGAAGGAGAGCCAGGGCUCUGUGUGGAUGAUUAACCGCUACGCCACACUCAAGCAGCUCGGGGACGGCACGUAUGGCAGCGUGCUCCUGGGCAAGAGCAAUGAGACUGGUGAGCUGGUGGCCAUAAAGAGGAUGAAGAGGAAGUUUUAUUCCUGGGACGAAUGCUUAAACCUAAGAGAAGUGAAGUCACUGAAGAAGCUGAACCAUGCCAAUGUGGUGAAACUGAAGGAAGUCAUCAGAGAAAAUGACUACCUCUACUUUGUCUUUGAGUUUAUGAAAGAAAACCUCUAUCAGCUCAUGAAAGAACGAGAAGAUAAGAUGUUUUCAGAAAAUGAGAUAAGGAACAUUUUGUUCCAGGUAUUAUCUGGCUUAGCAUUUGUGCAUAAGCACGGUAAGAGACUUCUCCUGUCUUUUCUUUACAUUAUUAUUAUUUUCCCGCUGUAUGGUUAAGGCAUCGUUUUUUUGUGCGAGCUCUGUUUAAA